CACUCCUUUUUCUUCUCAAAAAAUCUGCAAAACGUCUCCCUCCUUCCGUUUUCGCUCUCUCUCUCUCGAUCACAUCGAAUCCUCAUUCUUCCUCCCUCUCUUUCUUUCUUUCCUCGUGAUCCUUGCUCUUGAUCCUUCUCGCUUUCCAGCCCUAAAACGAAAACCUCUACCCCUAACCCUAACGUACCGACCCUAAUCCCUCUCCCUCUGUUCUCAAGCCGUAGGCGGUUUAUACCAAAUUACAGAUUAGUUAGCCAUAUUUAAGGUUCUGUAAGUUUCUUCUUGCUUACUCAGUUGUUGAUGGUUUGAGCGAUAGAGGCAUUGCAUAUACUUGUACUGCAACAGACUUUACUUUGAUGUGUAUAUGCGUGCGCCUUCGCCUUGCGCCUAGACUCCAGGACCCCUUGGCGCCUUAGUGUGCCUUGAGCCUUUAAUAACUAUGGCUACUAGUGUAUCCAUGUUAGCGAGACAUGUAUUUGGCCUUGUACAAUUGGUUAAAGGGUGCUGCUGCUGUUGAGAUGAGUUUACAACAGGGUUCACAGCCCAAAUUUUACGCCAAUGGAGUUGGUCGUAGAAGAGCUGAAAGAGAAGGGGGGGCAAGAUUGGACAAUAAGCUGCAAUCUGGAAAAUCAAAUUCGAAUAGAUCAAGUGCAGUGGUUGGUGCAAAAGUUGGAGUUUAUGAGAGUCCCUCUCGUGAUCGACUUGUAUAUUUGUUAACGUGUCUUAUUGGGCAUCCUGUUGAAGUCCACCUGAAAAAUGGAUGCAUAUGUUCUGGCACAUAUUAUACAACAAAUGUUGAAAAGGAAUUUGCAAUUGUUCUGAAAAUGGCUCGCAUGACAAAGGAUGUUUCUUUUCGAGGGCAGAAGGCAGAAACCCUUAGCAAGGCUCCUUCAAAGUCUUUAAUUAUACCUGGCAAAGAAGUUGUACAAGUGAUAGCAAAGGAUGUGUCUGUAACCAUGGAUGGGAUAAAUCAUGAGCUUCAGUGUGAAAAGCAGCAGGAACUUAUGAUAGACUCCUUUAUAUCACAAUCCCGCCAUGUUGAAGUGGAGAGAGAGCUGGAACCUUGGGUCCCUGAUGAAGAUGACCGUCAAUGCCCUGAAUUAGAGAAUAUAUUUGAUGGCCCUUGGAAUAGUAGGGGCUGGGAUCAAUUCGAGACAAAUGAAAUGCUAUUUGGAGUAAAAAGCACCUUUGAUGAAGAACUUUAUACUACAAAGCUGAAGAGGGGUCCUGAUAUGAGAGAGUUGGAGAAGGAAGCUACCAGAAUAGCAAGAGAAAUUGAGGGUGAGGAUACACAAGACCUUCAUUUAGCUGAGGAAAGAGGCAUCCACCUUCAUGAAAAUUUGGAUAUCGAUGAAGAGACCAGAUUCUCUUCUGUAUAUAGAGGUAUAGGGAUUGAUGAUAGUGGAUAUGAUGAAACGGAGGAUAUAAUGUUGGAUUCCCACAAUAAUGAAACCUUUGGAGCUACAUCUGUUUCUUACACUAUCGAGCCUGAAGAUUUGACCCAUGGGAAAAGUAAUGAAGGAGCUCGUGUUUUAUCAAGUUCUUCCUUGGAUGAGGCACAGUGUUCUCAGUCAUGUACUGGUGCAGAUUGUGAUACAGGUUCUUGUGAGUAUGCUAGACAGCUGGCAUCUGAGAUUCCUUUGAAAAGUUUGUCCACCUCAGGGUGUGAAAGCAGGAUCCAAGAGAACCUUCAUGGUGAACAUGAAGGAAAUGACAGCGUGAAGGAGUUUGUAGAAGAGCGAACUGUUGAGGAGGCUCAAUUGCUAACUCGUGAGGAUUCUCAGUCAUUGAAUGGGAAGAAGGAUGGCUCUGAUAAAGGGGCACUAUCCCCAAAUGCAACUGCUUAUGCUCCAUCUAAUGCUUCUUCCAAAAGUUAUGAAAAGACAAGCUCUUGUGCUGAACUGUCAGAAGGUUCUCUAUCUGUCAAAGGAGCUCGAGAAGUGCAACCUUUAAACUCUCGUGGACGACCUGGCAGUUCUACAUCAUCAAAUUCUGAUUGUGUAGGUGCUGUCUCAGUUUCCAAUGGUCCUGGGUUAUCACCAAGCUCAUCAGUGGGUUCGUUAUCUUCGGAGAAGUCGACACUAAAUCCCCAUGCUAAGGAAUUCAAACUAAAUCCCAAUGCCAAGAGUUUCACCCCUUCUCAAACUCCUGUUAGGCCUCCGUCGCCAGAUGGUUCCUUCUAUUUUCAACCUAAUGUUCCUUCUCUACCACAUAUGCAUGGCAUGCCAAUGGGAAUUGGAAUUGGACCAUCAUUUACUGGCCAUCAGCCAGUUAUAUUUAAUCCACAGGUUGCGGCAUUGCAAACACCACAAGCAUAUUUUCAUCCUGGUGGACCCCAGUAUGGACAAAAUAUGCUUCUCGGUCACCCUAGGCAGGUCUUGUACAUGCCAAGCUACCAACCUCAGGAAAUGCCAUAUAAGGGACGAGAGUUUUAGUCAUCUGACAACAUUCUUGGCAGUUCCACUCUGCUUGCAAGGAAUAAACUUCUGAGAGGGUGCUUGGAAUAAAUUUUCCGGGGAUCCAAGCCUGGCAGUACAUGAAAGAUCUAUAGUUCUGGACCCCUAUUUGUGCCAUGGAGAAGUUGACCAAAUCUGGGAUAUAAAUUUUUUUUUUUUUUUCUUCUUCCCUGUAUGCUUCAUUUAUACCAUGACUGGCUUGGCUUUCUCAA